CGUCCUUCACUUUCCUCACUUUCUAUAUUGACACCGCUUUCACAGCUUUCCUUCUCCUCAUCCUUUCAACUUUUUUCAUUUCUCUGCUCGUCAAUUCCGAUGGCCUCAUCUCACCAACUCAAGAACUUUGAUGUCUUCUUGAGUUUUCGAGGUGAAGAUACUCGCCGUGGUUUUGUAAGCCAUUUAUAUAAGGCUCUGACUCAACAGGGUAUUCAAACCUUCAUUGAUGAUAAUCUCACUAGGGGAGAAAACAUUUCUGAAGAGCUUCUCAAAGUCAUUGAAAACUCAAGUGCAUCAAUAAUUGUAUUUUCUAAAAACUAUGCAUCCUCUAGUUGGUGUUUGGAUGAACUUGCUAAGAUUAUUGAAUGUACCAAAAAAGUGCUACCAGUUUUCUAUCAAGUGGAUCCAUCUGAAGUUCGUAAGCAAAGAGGGGGUUUUGGAGAAGUGUUGACUAAGCUUGAAAAAAAAAUUAAAGAUAAGACAAAGGUACAAAGGUGGAAAGACGCUUUAAGUAAAGCAGCCAAUAUUUCUGGCUGGGACGACAAAAACAGUUGCACUGAAUCUGAACUUGUUCAAAAAAUUGUUGAAGAGGUCUUUAAUUCUGAAUUCAUUCAGAUGCCAUCAAAUGUUGCUACAAUGCAGCUGGUUGGAAUAAAUUCUCACAUAGAGGCCCUAACAGAACUUUUAGAUAUUGAAUCAAAUGAUGUUCGCAUGAUAAGGAUCACUGGCCUUGGUGGAAUAGGCAAAACUACAAUUGCAAAAGCUAUUUAUAAUAGCUUUUCAAAUCAUUUCAAAGCAAAAAGUUUUGUAGAGAAUGUUAGAGAGUGGUCAAAGACAGAGCAAGGCAAAAUCCAUUUACAAGAGGCACUUCUUAAGGGUAUCUCAGAGGAUAAGAAUUUGAGGGUGAGUACUAUAUAUGAAGGAACCACAAGGAUAAAUAGAAUUCUUUGCCUAAAAAAGGUUCUUAUCAUUCUUGAUGACGUGGAUAAUGCCGACCAGAUAGAAACAUUGCUUGGACAAUGUGAAGGCUUUGCUUUUCGAAGUAGGAUCAUUCUGACAACAAGAAAUAAAAGAUUGCUAGCUAAUCGAAAUGGUCUUUCAACCUAUGACUAUGAGGUUGAGGAAUUAGAUGAAGAUGAAGCUAUUGAACUCUUUCGUAAGCAUGCCUUCCCCAGUAACAAAGUCCCUGAAGAUUAUUUGGAACUUGAGAAACAAGCUAUAAGUUAUGCCAAAGGCCUUCCUCUAGCUCUAAAAGUAAUGGGUCGUGAUUUGUGUGAGAAAACUAUAUAUGAAUGGGAUGAUGCGUUAGAUUGUUAUAAAACAAAUCCUCUUGAUGAUAUUCAAAAUAUACUAAAAAGAAGUUAUGAAGGAUUAACCGAAAAUGAAAAGAAUAUUUUCCUUGAUAUUGCAUGUUUCUUCAAGGGAUAUGACAUGAGUUAUAAUAUGAUUAAGGAUGUACUGAAAGCUUGUGGUUUAAACCCAGUAUAUGGUAUUCGAAAUCUUAUUGAUAAAUGUCUCUUGACUAUUGAUGAAUAUAAUUAUUAUUUAUCGAUGCACGACUUAUUACAACAAAUGGGUAUGGAUAUUGUUCGACAAGAAGCACCACAAAAGCCCGGGGAACGUAGCAGACUAUGGUGUUAUGAGGAAGCUCUUGAUGUAGUAACUGAAAAUAUGGGUUCAGAUAAAAUUCGAAGCAUAAUAUUGUGGUCCCCUAAAUCAGAACCAAAAGAGGUGCAAAUAAAGGCACAAUUUUGUAAGAUGAAAAAUCUUAGAUUGCUUUUGAUUCGUAACGUACAUUGCUGCAAUGGACCCCUUGAAUGUCUUCCCAAUGGAUUAAGCUUGCUUGAUUGGCGUGAAUAUCCAUUUUCUUCGUGGCCCUCUAACUUUUUUCCUAAAAACCUGAUUGCACUCAGCAUGCCUUUUAUCCUAUUAAAGGAACCACUGAAGCAGAUUUUUUUAUCUGUGACAUAUGUGGACUUCAGUUACUGCGAUCUGAUUACGAAAAUACCUGACUUAUCAAUGACCCCAAAUGUAACGACAUUGAAUCUUAUUUCCUGUAGAAAUUUAGUUGAGAUUGAUGACUCCGUGGGGCGUCUUGAUAAGCUUGAAGUGUUGGUCCUUUUGGGUUGCGAAAAACUUGAAACUCUUCCGAACUAUCUCACCAUGAAAUCUCUUACAUCUUUUCCGCUAGGCGUCCAGAGGCUUAAGAAGUUCCCAAAUAUCUUGCACGAAAUGAAAGGUGUUGAAGAUUUAUUUUUGAAGGGGAGCUGUAUUAAGGAGUUGCCUCCGUCAUUUGGGAAUUGGAUUGGGCUUAAGGUGUUGACUUUAUAUUUGAAUUCGGGAGAGGCACAUCUUCCGGGUAGCAUCUAUAAUUUACAACAUAUAGAGUGGCUUGAACUUUCUGGCGAUAUCAUAUUUCCAAAGAAUGUGGAGAUUGAUAGACAACCAAUGUGCAAUUCUCUUGGUUGCUCUUCCAAAUAUGUUUUUCCAAGGUUGAAACUACUACGUCUUUUUUGCUUUGAAAUUUGCUCAGAAAUAGAAUUUAUUUUGAAUUAUUGUUGCCCCCUCACACUAGAAGUGUUGCACAUCUCCAAGAGCAAAGUUGUCACCCUCCCAGAAAGCUUGAGUAGAUGUGAGAGAUUACAUACGCUUAUUUUUGGAUAUUGCAAUGAGUUUCGCGAAAUCCCAAGGCUUCCACAUUGUAUAAGACAUGUAGAUGUAGCAUAUUGCCACUGGCUGGAUUUACAGCUAUUCUUUCAGCUUCGAGAAAUCAUAGGGCUUCCACCAAAUCUACCACCAUGUUUAGGUGUAACAAGCCACAUAUUAAUGUUUCCACACUCAUCUACAAUAUCUGGGAGACGAAACUGCCAUUGUGAAUAUAGUUUUCAAGCAACAGGAGAUGAGAAUGGUAUUCCAAAUUGGUUCAACCAUCAAAGGGAUGGAAAUUUAAUAUCAUUCUUGAUUGGUCCCCAAGUUCCAACAAUUUCUCUCUGUACUACUUUUGGAAAACAAGAUUUUCAUUGUGAUUUUGAUUAUCAUGUCAUCAUUUCCAUCAAUGGUAGUGAACGAAUGUUUGAAAGAAAUUUCAUUAUGAAAGAUAGGAGCUUUGGGCAUCUGAGUUUUUCCUGUAGACCUCAGAGCUCAUUGCAGGAACUAUUUCGGGACUUGAAACUAAUUGAUCGGAAUCAUGUUGAGAUCCUCUGUGAAACUUUCACUUCAUCCAGAGAAAAUAUUGCUCCUAUCGUUGGAAGGAUAGGAGUUCAUGUAGAAUGCAUUUGCCCUCCUCCUCAAAAUCCCAGUAUCUUUCAAGACAUUAAUAGGCACCUUUCUUUGCAAUCAGGUUUGGGACUUCCAAUGGAUACAGAAAAUGGAUCAGACUCAGGUUUGGCAUUUGACUCAUCAAAUGUUGAUGGGUUUGAUUUGGGUUCAUCUUCAGUGGCCCAGCCCCCUCUAAAUGAUGAUUUCAACUCCAACCAGUUUCCACUGUGGGAGAGAAUGGGAAGACUCUUGAUUGGACUGUUCUUGAUGGUCCUUUUAAUUUUAUCAAUUGCCUGGUUGUAAUUUUAAGUAAUAUGAUUCGAUUUGAGUUGUAACGCCCCAAGUUAAAAAAAGAAAAAGAAAAGUAAAGGUCUGAUUUUUUUUAAGUCUUGCAAGUGCCCCACCUACCCCACCUACUAUCCACCGCUCAUCUAAUACUUUCACUUUAUCACUUUGGCCGGCUCACUUCUUUCUUCUCUUUCAUUUUUCCCUCAAACACUCUCUUCACUCUCUCAUCCUCUCCCACCGGUACACUCCACACCACCAUCUCCACCAUCAUUUUUUCCGGCAGGACCUUAAGAGCAUCUAAGCACCUUCACAUAUUUUAUUUGAGAUUAUUGUUGCAUAGAGUGAAGGGGUUUCUGAUGGAGAUGCAAUGCAGAUUUCGACAGUUAAGACCCCAAUUUGAUGAUUGCGACUGAUGGAGGGUAUUAGCAAGUUGAUCAAGAUGUUGGUUUCAUGUAAUGGUGUUUAAAUGACAACCCUGAUGAAGGCGAAAUUACUAAACUCUGGACAUUGAGGACUAUGAGCUGGGACUCUCUCUCUCUCAAUACUACCUAUAGGUAGAAAAGAUUGGCUGAGGACUUGGAAUAAGAUUUUUUUUAAGGCCUAUUGGACAAUUAUAUUGACUUGAUCCAUUCAAGGAAGAUAACAAAAGAAAAUAGAAAGAACAUUUUUUUGCAGUUGAUUUGGCUGGUCAAAAUGGACUUUAGCUUGUAUCUCCAAUAUGACAUUCUCAGAUCCUGUAAACAUAUUUUCAACUGGCCUUUUCAGCAUUAUAGAUGGUUAAGUGAGGGGGGUCCUAUAGCCCUUCUCUUAUGUUUCUUUUUUGUUAUGAAGAUGUUGAAAAGGAUGAUUGCAGGAGCAGCAAGAGGCAUUCUUAUUGUGUUUCAGGUGGGAAAGAAAAUUGAGAUUUCAAACUUCAUUAUGGAUGAUCCCUGCAUCAUCUUCUAUUGGAAAUUUAACUGAGCUUGGUUAUCUUAGUUUUCUGCUUCUUUGCAUCGAGACAUUUCUGCAUUAAAAAAGAAUAUGGGUUCAAGUGAAUUGGUUUGAGCGGAAGAUGAAUUGGCAGAUAUUGUAGGCUGUAAAAGGUUCUUUUCCCAUGCAAAAUUAACUUUGUCAAUUGCUGCAAGGAUCUUUUUUUAGGCUGCUUGGAAUUUGAUGAUUGAACAAAUAUGGACAUUAAAUUCUAUCAAAUAUAUCUUUGCUCUCUGCAGUAUUUUCUUCUUUCUUGUGUAUGUUGCAUGUUUAGGCUUCAUUGCAGCCUGGUGGAACUAUUACUUUUGAACACCGGAAUCUUAGUUGGCUAAACAGAUCCAUUAUGGGUUCAGUGACUACCAGCAACUUCUCGAAUCCAACAGCCAAAGAGUGUUGCCUAGUAGAGGAAUUAGUGCAGAUGGGCCUUCCACAACCCGCAGUGGUACUGGCAUUGACUAAAUGGAUUUUUUACAGGCAAAUAUUACACGUGAUAACACCUAGUUCAUAAAUGGAGCUCUAGUUGGGUCAAGGAACCUAUUUCAGGUGAAGAGAAUGAUCAAUCCUUCGCCCAUAAUGAGCUUGAUGAAAGAGUAUACAGGUAUUCUGGGUCUCCUCAAUUAGAAUGGCUUUUCUUGGGAUGAAAUUUGCAAAACAGUGGCACUGUGGCAGCUGAUGUUUAGCUUAUAUCAAGGAACAUUCCGAUGCAACUGCAUACAAAUAUAGGGGAUCUCAUAUUUCUGAUUUGUGCUUUAUUUAUGGUAAUGAAAGUCAGAAUGGAAGAUCAAGUUGUUUGGACAUGAAAAUGGAGGUCAACAAUAAUGCCCUUUGGAUGGGAUUGACGAUAACUUGGGAUAUGCAAUAUCCAGCAAGGGAGUUUGAAAUAUCUUAUCAAGG